AUGCUCUUCCGCAAACUUCCCGUGCUCGUACAACAGCUGAAGGACAUGCACGCGCAGUACGGAGACGUCUUCAGGUUCUACGUGGGGCCCAAGCUGUUCGUGGUGGUGACACAGCCCGAGGACGUGAAGGCGGUGCUGGUGGGCUGCAGUCAGCGUCAGAGGGACCCCUACUUCAUGCGGCCCACGCGAUUCUUCAUCGGAGACGGUCUCGUCACAAACAAGGAUGACGUCUGGAAGGCACACCGCAAGAUAGUCCUGCCGACGUUCCACACUGAGGUGCUGGGCCGGUUCAUGGGAGUAUUCAACGAGGCGGGCCGCUUCGUGUGCGAGCGGCUGUCUGCGGAGGAGGGCACCGAGCUCAACGUGUACCCCACGUUCUUCCAGUCCGCUCUCCGGACCCUCACCUCCACCCUGUUCGGCGUAGGCCUGGACCAGCUGGAACCAGACCACAGCAAGCAGGUGCACUUCGCUACGGAGUUUUACAAAUCCAUGAAAGCAAUCCAGCGCAUAGUGUUCCGGCCGUGGCUGCAGGUGGUCUGCAUGGUGUCGACUGCGCUGGGCGCGCGCUGGCUGCGGGAGCGCGAGGGCCAGAUCCACCGGCUGGUGGCGCGCGGCAUCGCCUACAAGAGGCAGCACCCCGGCGGCGACCGGGAGCCGGCCAAUAGGCGGCCGCUGGCCGAGGUGCUCAUCGCGCCGCACGGCCAGCUGCUGCUGUCGCCGCAGGAGGUCCACGACGAGGUGUGUACGUCACACGUCUGCCAGCUGGGUCCGGUACCUUCGGCGCACCAGUUACAGGGCGACAGUGCCAGUGCAGUGUUGGCAUUUCGGCGCUCAGCCACUGCACGGUCGCGAUUAGUACUGGGUGCUUAUACGGUAUGUACGUUCGCCAUGGCGGGCACAGAGACGACUGCCUCCACGCUGGGCUUCGCCCUGUCGCUACUGGGACUUCACCCCGAGUGGCAGGACGUCGCUCAAAAAGAGCUCGACGCCGUCUUUGGGAAUGGAGACGACUAUCUGCGGCCCUGCACCAUGGAGGAUCUCACACAGCUGACUGUCAUCGACAGCAUCGUCAAGGAGACACUGAGGCUGUUCUCGGUAGUGCCAACACUUCCACACUACGCAAGUGAAGACAUCCAGCUGGCGGGCGGUCGCUACACGGCCUCUCGCGGCAGCUGCGUGCUGCUGGCGCUGUGCCUGCUCCAGCGACAGCCACACCUCUUCCCAGACCCAGACAAGUUCGACCCGGGCCGCUUCCUGGAGGGUGGGUCUGCCCACUCCAGGCUGCCGUACAGCUACGUGCCGUUUGGUGCCGGGUCCCGCAUGUGUGUGGGUGCACGCUUCGCCCAGCUGGAGAUAAAAACUGUGUUGGCUUCGGUGCUGAGAAGGUUUCACAUAUUACCUGGCUCCAGCAGAGAAGAGCUGGAAGAAGUGGCGUUGGCUGUCACUGGACUGCCCCUAAGUGGACUCAGGGUUUCUUGUGUACCGCGGAACAACCUACCAGUGCGUCUAACAUAG